UCCAAUUUGGACGGAAUAGGAGAAAUUGGACACGACUGAUUGAAAUUGGAAAGUUCAGGGGGUAAAAAAGUGAAAUUGAGAGUUUGGGGGGUGAAAUGAUGACACCCCCAAACCUCAGGGGGGUAAACUGUAAUUAAUCCUUAUAUGUAUGUCCAACCAAAAAGUGAGACAAAUCUGAAGGACUUUUAUGUGGAUGUAGGAUCAAAAUGCAGAAGCACAUAUAUGCAGCCUAUUGCAUGCUUUACCAAUGACAACUCUUUUACCUUGUUGUCUAAAAAUCUCAACGCCUUAGUUCUUCUGCUAUUUGUGUCUCUGUCAUCAUCAAAAGUUUAGAAAAUAGAAAUUGUUAUGGUGAAGGAAGUAUAAGACUUGAAUUCUUAUUUAUGGCCUUCCCAGUCGAUACAGAUGGCGCCAAAGCAUAUGGUUGCAUCAUUCAUGAACUACGUGUUCAUUAUGUUGUGAUUUGCAGUUGUUAGGAGAAUGGCUAUUUAUAAAGCUACUGCCUACUGCCUUUACUACAAUCUACAGAGCUACUCUAUUGCUGAUAGAUCCUGAGAUCUUCGAGUCAUUACCAGUUGUUUCUGGUUUCUUUCAGUUUCUGUCAGGAUGAAGGACUCGCAUACGAAAAAUUUCAUAUGUGAAGAUAUCUUGAUUAACAUUUUAGCAAGACUGCCUGCCAAAUCCCUCGUACGGUUUAUGUGUGUAUGCAAGUCAUGGAGUAAUUUGAUUGGCAGCUCAAGCUUUAUUUCCACACAUCUCAACAGGAACAUCAAAAAUCAUGAUCAUCACUAUCUAAUUUCUCACCACUAUUAUAGAGGCGCCCGCGACCGCUCACUCAUAUCACUUUUUUCUAAUGAAACAUUUGAGCAGUGCUUGGAGUUACAACAUCCCUCGUGGACCAAGGAACGCUUUAGAGUAUAUGGUUCAAGCAAUGGUUUAGUUUGUAUCUCUGAUAAAAGAUUGAGUUCAACGAGUUCUAUAUGCAUAUGGAACCCAUCUAUUAGAAAAUCCAUAUCUCUUCCCAAGACCUACAUCCCAGAUCAUAGCUGCUUAGUUUCAGAAAUCUAUCUGUCAUUCUGUUUUCACCCAACUCAUAAUGAUUACAAGGUGGUAAAGAUGUUGCAUGAAUGGAAUAAGCUUUCCAUGGAAGUUGAGGUGUAUAGUCUUAGCAACAACUCCUGGAAGGUGAUUGAAAUUACUCCUUGGUUAAAUUCUAGUUGGUAUCUCACAGGUUAUGAGGUUUGCAAUGGAAUAGUAUAUUGGCUGAUUUCUGGAGGUCAUUAUAGGAUUGUGUCCUUUGAUACAGGGAGCGAAAAAUUUGGUGAGUUAGUGGUUCCAGAACACAUAUUGCCGGUUAAGGGUGCUGUCAAGAUUGAAGUGUACAAGGAAACCAUAUGCCUGCUUCAAGGUCAAACAGAUGUUGAUUUAUGGGUUCUGCAAGAAGGGUCUUUUCAAAGGCUGCGUACUAUUUUACUGCCUCGAGCAAAUAUUUUCAUACUAAUUGGCUUAUUUACAGAUAAUGGACUCUUGGUACAAGAACAAUCAAGAUUCACUGAGUUAGAUUUGUUUGAUCUUGAAUCCAACCAGCUUAAAAGUACCGGAAUCCUUAUGUGCCAACGUAAGCUCCAUACUUACAUAGAAAGUCUAGUUCUACUCGAUCAUUGA